AUGGUCCCUAGAAUAACACCACGAGACUUCCUGAGUUCCACACUUGUGAUGGAUGCCAAAAAGUCGGAUAAAUCGAGUAACAUUGUUAAAGAUCAGUCUUCUUCUCAACAAGACAGUGUAUGUGCACAAAAGCCAAAUAAAGUGCCUUUCAUCAUUGGUGUUGCUGGUGGAACUGCAUCUGGAAAAACAACUGUUUGCAAUGUGAUCAUAUCAAGACUCCAUGAUCAAAGGGUUGCUCUUAUCAAUCAAGAUUCAUUUUAUCAUUCUUUGAGUGAUGAGCAAUCAGCAAAUGCACAAGAUUACAAUUUUGAUCACCCUGAUUCUUUCAACACUGAGCUUCUUUUAUCAUGCAUGGAAAUGUUAAAAAAGGGACAACCAGCUAACAUUCCAGAUUAUGAUUAUAAGAUCCAUAAGAGCAAUGGAUCAGGUCGCAUGAUAAACCCUUCGGAUGUCAUCAUUCUUGAAGGAAUUCUUGUCCUUCAUGAUAGCAAAGUUCGAGAUAUGAUGAGCAUGAAAAUCUUUGUUGAUUCAGAUUCUGAUGUGCGAUUGGGAAGGAGGAUAAAGCGUGACACUGUUGAGAGAGGCAGAAAUAUUCAGUACGUGCUUGACCAAUAUGAUAAACAUGUAAAACCUAGUUUUGAAGAAUUCAUUCUUCCAUCAAAGAAGCAUGCAGAUAUUAUUAUCCCUAGAGGAUCAGAUAAUGAUGUGGCCAUUGACUUGAUAGUCCAACAUAUCCGUACAAAGCUUGGCCAACAUGAUCUUUGUAAAAUUUAUCAAAACCUUUUCGUUAUCCCCUCAACGUUCCAGAUUCGUGGAAUGCACACACUCAUACGUGAUGUGAAAACAAGAAAGCAUGACUUUGUUUUUUAUGCGGAUCGGCUUAUUCGCUUGGUUGUGGAGCAUGGAUUAGGUCAUCUUCCUUUUACUGAAAAACAAAUCAUUACUCCAACAGGAUCCAUCUACACAGGAGUGGUAUUCUGCAAAAGGUUAUGUGGCGUGUCGGUCAUUCGAAGUGGGGAAAGCAUGGAAAAUGCGUUAAGAGCUUGUUGUAAAGGAAUCAAAAUCGGUAAAGUCCUUAUUCAACGCGAAGGGAAUGAUCGACAGUUAAUUUAUGAGAAGCUACCUAAAGAUAUUGCAAGCCGACAAGUUUUAUUACUUGAUCCAGUGCUUGCUUCAGGUGAUUCUGCUGUGGAGGCAAUUUCCUUGUUGCUCAACAAGGGUGUAUCUGAAUCCAACAUCAUUUUCCUUAACCUUAUUGCAGCACCAGAAGGAAUACAUACAGUUUGUGGACAAUAUCCAAGACUUAAAAUAGUGACGUCAGAGAUAGAUUCCGGUCUAAACGAGCAUUCAAGAGUAAUUCCAGGAAUGGGUGAAUUUGGAGAUCGUUAUUUUGGUACUGGUGCUAUCAUAUUCUUACUCUCAAUGGCUGCCGGAGUAGCCACCAGUCAGCCAUCUCCACCUCCUUCCGCGGCGGCAUUCUAUCCUCCUGGGCCGCCCUGCGGUGAAACCUUCUUCAAGAGGCCCGUUGGAAGAGCUAGCGAUGGCCGCCUGAUCAUAGACUUCAUUGCUGAGAAACUUGGAUUGUUGUAUUUGAGCGCGUAUUUGGAUUCGAUCAAGGCAAAUUACACGCAUGGUGCGAAUUUUGCAACGGGUGGUGCGACCAUUAAACGUGUAAAUGAGUCGUGGUUUGCAAAUGGGGUUAGCCCGUUUUCUUUGGAUGUCCAAGUUGAACAUUUUAAUCAAUUUAAAGAUAGAACGACAUAUUUGUAUAAUCAAGCUAAGGAGGAGUCUCAAAGAAGUAAUUUACCUAAACCCGAUGAUUUUAUGAAAGCUAUAUACACAAUCGAUAUAGGCCAAAAUGAUAUUGCAUACGCUUUUAGGACAUUGGGAGUUGAAGCGAGUCGAGCUGCCAUCCCUGACAUUGUCAAUCAAUUUACUUCUUGUGUUCAACAAUUGUAUGGAAAAGGGGCAAGGGUGUUUUGGAUACAUAAUACGGGACCCAUAGGGUGCUUACCCGUAAUAUAUGCGAAAAAUCUUGAUCCACCACCAGAUUCCCUUGAUGAGGUUGGAUGUGCAAAAAACCAAAAUGCUAUAGCUAUUGAGUUCAACAAGCAACUUAGAGCCAAAGUAAUUCAGUUGAGAUCAGAUCUCCCAAAAGCUAUAUUGAUUUAUGUGGACAUAUAUGCCGCAAAGUAUGAACUAAUUAGCAAUGCAAAGGACCUAGGAUUUAAACAAUGGUUCACGAUAUGUUGUGGGUACCAUGAUGUGGAUGAAGACGUGUAUUGUGGGAAUCGGGGAAAGAUUAAUGGUAGUGACGUGUUUGCUGAUUCUUGUAAAGACCCAACUAAGGUCAUUAGUUGGGAUGGUGUACAUUAUUCUGAUGCUGCAAACAAUUGGAUUGCGACAAAAAUCACUAAAGGAUUAUUUUCAGAUCCAUCACUUUCGAUUACUGAAUUAUGUCCUAAACAUGUAUCAAUAAUGGUUUCUCCUGCUGUAGCUCAUUUCAGGUGGAAUAAAUCAGAUUUUGACAAAUAA